CUCCCGGCAGGCCCCGCGCGCCACGCCGCUGCCCGCCGUAUUUGAAUGUCGCGGCGGGACGGCGGCGCCGCCAUGGGAGUCCCGUCGUUGCCUCCGGCCUGGCAGCUGUAUCUCAAGGACCACCGCCUGUCUACGUUCAAGAGCUGGCCGUUCCUGGAGGGCUGCUCCUGCACCCCGGAGCGGAUGGCCGAGGCCGGCUUCAUCCACUGCCCCACCGAGAACGAGCCUGACUUGGCCCAGUGUUUCUUUUGCUUAAAGGAGCUGGAAGGCUGGGAGCCAGAUGACAACCCGCUAGAGGAGCAUAAGAAACAUUCAUCUGGGUGUGCAUUCCUUUCUGUCAAGAAGCAGUGUGAAGAAUUAACCCUGAGUGAAUUUUUGAAGCUGGACCGAGAAAGAGCCAAGAACAAAAUUGCCAAAGAAACUAACAGCAAGCUGAAAGAAUUUGGAGAAGCUGCGGAGCAAGUCCGCAACGCCAUCGAGCAGAUGAAUGACUUGGAGUGAGCGUGGGCCGUGCCACCUGGCCCCACGUGGAGUGACAGGCCACGUCCGGGCGGGCCCGUUCCUUCUCUGACACCAAAGGCAAGGAGGGUGGCAGCAUUCUGAAACCGGACAGACCCCUCCGGGCUGCCCGGGCCACUUCCCUCCCGCUUGGCGGCCUUGCCUGCGGGGCGCUGGGUUGGCAGGCGAGGAAGAGGGCUGUGUCCGGGGCUGACGGGG